CCUUCCUCCUAGAACUUUAGAUUAUUGUUGAAUGACCCCUUCAAGUGCCACAAACAUAUUUAUUUUCUACUUUCACUUUCAGUUUCAAACAUGGCUUCUGAAGGUAGCCGUGUCAUCCAGGAUAUUAUCCGAUGUACUGAUUUUGCAGCUAGGAAACACAAAGGUCAAAGGAGAAAAGAUUCCGAGUCUACACCCUACAUAAACCACCCUAUUGGUGUUGCUUUCAUUUUAACAGAGGAAGCCGGGAUUUCCGACGUUGCAGUGAUUCAAGCCGCUUUACUUCAUGAUACAGUUGAGGAUACCCACACGACCAUUGAAGAAAUUGGUCGAGAAUUUGGUGACGAAGUUAAAGGUCUUGUAUCUGAAGUAACCGAUGACAAAAGUCUUCCGAAACUGGAGCGUAAACAACAGCAAAUCCUGCACGCUCCACAUGCCAGUCACAAGGCCAAACUCGUGAAACUCGCAGACAAGUUGUACAACCUAAGAGACCUCAAGCGUGGGGCACCUGUAGGGUGGUCGGAAUCACGAGUUCACGAGUACUUCGAGUGGUCGGCUAAAGUUAUAGAUGGACUCCGAGGAACAAACAAACACAUGGAAGACGCCCUUGAUGGAUUGCUUAAAGAGAAAAAUGUCGUAUGACAAUCUGUUUUUGCAAUAUUUCCAGUAAUACUUAUAGGAUAUUAAACAAGCUUCCAUUUUGUAUAAUGUUUAUGUCCCGAGUGAAAUAAUUUUCAGUUGUCAUGGGUUUUAGCGAGUGACAAUGAAAAUUAUUUCACGAGGGACAUAAACAUGAUUCGAAAUAGUAGCGAGUUUAAUAUCCUAUUUAUUACCCAUAAUCGAUCUUAAUUUAUAUCACUCACCUCGUUUAGUUGGCAUUCCUGUAAUGUAGUGCACCAAGUUUUCUCCAUAUUUCUAGUAAUAUUUACAAUUGUUUUGUUUUCCUUCAGACUGAAUGAAUUUUAAGAGACAUGAAUUAAUAUAUAAAAUAAUCUUGAUGAACUGCUGAAAGAAAAAAAUGUGAUAUGAGAAUCUGUGUUAAACUUUAUAUUUCCAGGGACGGACGUAUCCCAGUGGUAAAAUAUUCACUUGAUGCGCUAUCAGUCUAGAAUUGAUCCCCAUCGAUUGGCUCAUUAGGAUAUAUCCAGGGACGGACGUAACACAGUGGUAAAAUAUUCACUUGAUGCGCUAUCAGUCUAGAAUCGAUCCCCAUCGAUUGGCUCAUUAGGAUAUAUCCAGGGAGGGACGUAGACCAGUGGUAAAAUAUUCACUUGAUGCGCUAUCAGUCUAGAAUUGAUCCCCAUCGAUUGGCUCAUUAGGAUAUAUCCAGGGAGGGACGACAGUGGUAAAAUAUUCACUUGAUGCGCUAUCAGUCUAGAAUCGAUCCCCAUCGAUUGGCUCAUUAGGAUAUAUCCAGGGAGGGACGUAGACCAGUGGUAAAAUAUUCACUUGAUGCGCUAUCAGUCUAGAAUUGAUCCCCAUCGAUUGGCUCAUUAGGAUAUAUCCAGGGAGGGACGUAACACAGUGGUAAAAUAUUCACUUGAUGCGCUAUCAGUCUAGAAUCGAUCCCCAUCGAUUGGCUCAUUAGGAUAUAUCCAGGGAGGGACGACAGUGGUAAAAUAUUCACUUGAUGCGCUAUCAGUCUAGAAUCGAUCCCCAUCGAUUGGCUCAUUAGGAUAUAUCCAGGGAGGGACGACAGUGGUAAAAUAUUCACUUGAUGCGCUAUCAGUCUAGAAUUGAUCCCCAUCGAUUGGCUCAUUAGGAUAUAUCCAGGGAGGGACGUAACACAGUGGUAAAAUAUUCACUUGAUGCGCUAUCAGUCUAGAAUCGAUCCCCAUCGAUUGGCUCAUUAGGAUAUAUCCAGGGAGGGACGUAGACCAGUGGUAAAAUAUUCACUUGAUGCGCUAUCAGUCUAGAAUUGAUCCCCAUCGAUUGGCUCAUUAGGAUAUAUCCAGGGAGGGACGACAGUGGUAAAAUAUUCACUUGAUGCGCUAUCAGUCUAGAAUCGAUCCCCAUCGAUUGGCUCAUUAGGAUAUAUCCAGGGAGGGACGUAGACCAGUGGUAAAAUAUUCACUUGAUGCGCUAUCAGUCUAGAAUUGAUCCCCAUCGAUUGGCUCAUUAGGAUAUAUCCAGGGAGGGACGUAACACAGUGGUAAAAUAUUCACUUGAUGCGCUAUCAGUCUAGAAUCGAUCCCCAUCGAUUGGCUCAUUAGGAUAUAUCCAGGGAGGGACGACAGUGGUAAAAUAUUCACUUGAUGCGCUAUCAGUCUAGAAUCGAUCCCCAUCGAUUGGCUCAUUAGGAUAUAUCCAGGGAGGGACGACAGUGGUAAAAUAUUCACUUGAUGCGCUAUCAGUCUAGAAUUGAUCCCCAUCGAUUGGCUCAUUAGGAUAUAUCCAGGGAGGGACGACAGUGGUAAAAUAUUCACUUGAUGCGCUAUCAGUCUAGAAUUGAUCCCCAUCGAUUGGCUCAUUAGGAUAUAUCCAGGGAGGGACGUAACCCAGUGGUAAAAUAUUCACUUGAUGCGCUAUCAGUCUAGAAUUGAUCCCCAUCGAUUGGCUCAUUAGGAUAUAUCCAGGGAGGGACGACAGUGGUAAAAUAUUCACUUGAUGCGCUAUCAGUCUAGAAUUGAUCCCCAUCGAUUGGCUCAUUAGGAUAUAUCCAGGGAGGGACGACAGUGGUAAAAUAUUCACUUGAUGCGCUAUCAGUCUAGAAUCGAUCCCCAUCGAUUGGCUCAUUAGGAUAUAUCCAGGGAGGGACGACAGUGGUAAAAUAUUCACUUGAUGCGCUAUCAGUCUAGAAUUGAUCCCCAUCGAUUGGCUCAUUAGGAUAUAUCCAGGGAGGGACGACAGUGGUAAAAUAUUCACUUGAUGCGCUAUCAGUCUAGAAUUGAUCCCCAUCGAUUGGCUCAUUAGGAUAUAUCCAGGGAGGGACGUAACACAGUGGUAAAAUAUUCACUUGAUGCGCUAUCAGUCUAGAAUUGAUCCCCAUCGAUUGGCUCAUUAGGAUAUAUCCAGGGAGGGACGUAACACAGUGGUAAAAUAUUCACUUGAUGCGCUAUCAGUCUAGAAUCGAUCCCCAUCGAUUGGCUCAUUAGGAUAUAUCCAGGGAGGGACGACAGUGGUAAAAUAUUCACUUGAUGCGCUAUCAGUCUAGAAUUGAUCCCCAUCGAUUGGCUCAUUAGGAUAUAUCCAGGGAGGGACGACAGUGGUAAAAUAUUCACUUGAUGCGCUAUCAGUCUAGAAUUGAUCCCCAUCGAUUGGCUCAUUAGGAUAUAUCCAGGGAGGGACGUAACACAGUGGUAAAAUAUUCACUUGAUGCGCUAUCAGUCUAGAAUUGAUCCCCAUCGAUUGGCUCAUUAGGAUAUAUCCAGGGAGGGACGUAACACAGUGGUAAAAUAUUCACUUGAUGCGCUAUCAGUCUAGAAUUGAUCCCCAUCGAUUGGCUCAUUAGGAUAUAUCCAGGGAGGGACGUAACACAGUGGUAAAAUAUUCACUUGAUGCGCUAUCAGUCUAGAAUCGAUCCCCAUCGAUUGGCUCAUUAGGAUAUAUCCAGGGAGGGACGACAGUGGUAAAAUAUUCACUUGAUGCGCUAUCAGUCUAGAAUCGAUCCCCAUCGAUUGGCUCAUUAGGAUAUAUCCAGGGAGGGACGACAGUGGUAAAAUAUUCACUUGAUGCGCUAUCAGUCUAGAAUUGAUCCCCAUCGAUUGGCUCAUUAGGAUAUAUCCAGGGAGGGACGACAGUGGUAAAAUAUUCACUUGAUGCGCUAUCAGUCUAGAAUUGAUCCCCAUCGAUUGGCUCAUUAGGAUAUAUCCAGGGAGGGACGUAACACAGUGGUAAAAUAUUCACUUGAUGCGCUAUCAGUCUAGAAUUGAUCCCCAUCGAUUGGCUCAUUAGGAUAUAUCCAGGGAGGGACGUAGACCAGUGGUAAAAUAUUCACUUGAUGCGCUAUCAGUCUAGAAUUGAUCCCCAUCGAUUGGCUCAUUAGGAUAUAUCCAGGGAGGGACGACAGUGGUAAAAUAUUCACUUGAUGCGCUAUCAGUCUAGAAUCGAUCCCCAUCGAUUGGCUCAUUAGGAUAUAUCCAGGGAGGGACGACAGUGGUAAAAUAUUCACUUGAUGCGCUAUCAGUCUAGAAUUGAUCCCCAUCGAUUGGCUCAUUAGGAUAUAUCCAGGGAGGGACGACAGUGGUAAAAUAUUCACUUGAUGCGCUAUCAGUCUAGAAUCGAUCCCCAUCGAUUGGCUCAUUAGGAUAUAUCCAGGGAGGGACGUAACACAGUGGUAAAAUAUUCACUUGAUGCGCUAUCAGUCUAGAAUUGAUCCCCAUCGAUUGGCUCAUUAGGAUAUAUCCAGGGAGGGACGUAGACCAGUGGUAAAAUAUUCACUUGAUGCGCUAUCAGUCUAGAAUUGAUCCCCAUCGAUUGGCUCAUUAGGAUAUAUCCAGGGAGGGACGACAGUGGUAAAAUAUUCACUUGAUGCGCUAUCAGUCUAGAAUCGAUCCCCAUCGAUUGGCUCAUUAGGAUAUAUCCAGGGAGGGACGACAGUGGUAAAAUAUUCACUUGAUGCGCUAUCAGUCUAGAAUUGAUCCCCAUCGAUUGGCUCAUUAGGAUAUAUCCAGGGAGGGACGACAGUGGUAAAAUAUUCACUUGAUGCGCUAUCAGUCUAGAAUCGAUCCCCAUCGAUUGGCUCAUUAGGAUAUAUCCAGGGAGGGACGUAACACAGUGGUAAAAUAUUCACUUGAUGCGCUAUCAGUCUAGAAUCGAUCCCCAUCGAUUGGCUCAUUAGGAUAUAUCCAGGGAGGGACGACAGUGGUAAAAUAUUCACUUGAUGCGCUAUCAGUCUAGAAUCGAUCCCCAUCGAUUGGCUCAUUAGGAUAUAUCCAGGGAGGGACGACAGUGGUAAAAUAUUCACUUGAUGCGCUAUCAGUCUAGAAUUGAUCCCCAUCGAUUGGCUCAUUAGGAUAUAUCCAGGGAGGGACGACAGUGGUAAAAUAUUCACUUGAUGCGCUAUCAGUCUAGAAUCGAUCCCCAUCGAUUGGCUCAUUAGGAUAUAUCCAGGGAGGGACGUAACACAGUGGUAAAAUAUUCACUUGAUGCGCUAUCAGUCUAGAAUCGAUCCCCAUCGAUUGGCUCAUUAGGAUAUAUCCAGGGAGGGACGACAGUGGUAAAAUAUUCACUUGAUGCGCUAUCAGUCUAGAAUCGAUCCCCAUCGAUUGGCUCAUUAGGAUAUAUCCAGGGAGGGACGUAACACAGUGGUAAAAUAUUCACUUGAUGCGCUAUCAGUCUAGAAUUGAUCCCCAUCGAUUGGCUCAUUAGGAUAUAUCCAGGGAGGGACGACAGUGGUAAAAUAUUCACUUGAUGCGCUAUCAGUCUAGAAUUGAUCCCCAUCGAUUGGCUCAUUAGGAUAUAUCCAGGGAGGGACGACAGUGGUAAAAUAUUCACUUGAUGCGCUAUCAGUCUAGAAUUGAUCCCCAUCGAUUGGCUCAUUAGGAUAUUUCCAGGACGUAAACCAGUGGUAAAAUAUUCACUUGAUGCGCUAUCAGUCUAGAAUUGAUCCCCAUCGAUUGGCUCAUUAGGAUAUAUCCAGGGAGGGACGUAGACCAGUGGUAAAAUAUUCACUUGAUGCGCUAUCAGUCUAGAAUUGAUCCCCAUCGAUUGGCUCAUUAGGAUAUAUCCAGGGAGGGACGACAGUGGUAAAAUAUUCACUUGAUGCGCUAUCAGUCUAGAAUUGAUCCCCAUCGAUUGGCUCAUUAGGAUAUAUCCAGGGAGGGACGACAGUGGUAAAAUAUUCACUUGAUGCGCUAUCAGUCUAGAAUUGAUCCCCAUCGAUUGGCUCAUUAGGAUAUAUCCAGGGAGGGACGACAGUGGUAAAAUAUUCACUUGAUGCGCUAUCAGUCUAGAAUCGAUCCCCAUCGAUUGGCUCAUUAGGAUAUAUCCAGGGAGGGACGUAACACAGUGGUAAAAUAUUCACUUGAUGCGCUAUCAGUCUAGAAUUGAUCCCCAUCGAUUGGCUCAUUAGGAUAUAUCCAGGGAGGGACGACAGUGGUAAAAUAUUCACUUGAUGCGCUAUCAGUCUAGAAUUGAUCCCCAUCGAUUGGCUCAUUAGGAUAUAUCCAGGGAGGGACGACAGUGGUAAAAUAUUCACUUGAUGCGCUAUCAGUCUAGAAUUGAUCCCCAUCGAUUGGCUCAUUAGGAUAUUUCCAGGACGUAAACCAGUGGUAAAAUAUUCACUUGAUGCGCUAUCAGUCUAGAAUUGAUCCCCAUCGAUUGGCUCAUUAGGAUAUAUCCAGGGAGGGACGUAGACCAGUGGUAAAAUAUUCACUUGAUGCGCUAUCAGUCUAGAAUUGAUCCCCAUCGAUUGGCUCAUUAGGAUAUAUCCAGGGAGGGACGACAGUGGUAAAAUAUUCACUUGAUGCGCUAUCAGUCUAGAAUUGAUCCCCAUCGAUUGGCUCAUUAGGAUAUAUCCAGGGAGGGACGACAGUGGUAAAAUAUUCACUUGAUGCGCUAUCAGUCUAGAAUUGAUCCCCAUCGAUUGGCUCAUUAGGAUAUAUCCAGGGAGGGACGACAGUGGUAAAAUAUUCACUUGAUGCGCUAUCAGUCUAGAAUUGAUCCCCAUCGAUUGGCUCAUUAGGAUAUUUCCAGGACGUAAACCAGUGGUAAAAUAUUCACUUGAUGCGCUAUCAGUCUAGAAUUGAUCCCCAUCGAUUGGCUCAUUAGGAUAUUUCCAGGACGUAAACCAGUGGUAAAAUAUUCACUUGAUGCGCUAUCAGUCUAGAAUUGAUCCCCAUCGAUUGGCUCAUUAGGAUAUUUCCAGGACGUAAACCAGUGGUAAAAUAUUCACUUGAUGCGCUAUCAGUCUAGAAUUGAUCCCCAUCGAUUGGCUCAUUAGGAUAUUUCCAGGACGUAAACCAGUGGUAAAAUAUUCACUUGAUGCGCUAUCAGUCUAGAAUUGAUCCCCAUCGAUUGGCUCAUUAGGAUAUUUCCAGGACGUAAACCAGUGGUAAAAUAUUCACUUGAUGCGCUAUCAGUCUAGAAUUGAUCCCCAUCGAUUGGCUCAUUAGGAUAUUUCCAGGACGUAGACCAGUGGUAAAAUAUUCACUUGAUGCGCUAUCAGUCUAGAAUUGAUCCCCAUCGAUUGGCUCAUUAGGAUAUAUCCAGGGAGGGACGACAGUGGUAAAAUAUUCACUUGAUGCGCUAUCAGUCUAGAAUUGAUCCCCAUCGAUUGGCUCAUUAGGAUAUAUCCAGGGAGGGACGACAGUGGUAAAAUAUUCACUUGAUGCGCUAUCAGUCUAGAAUCGAUCCCCAUCGAUUGGCUCAUUAGGAUAUAUCCAGGGAGGGACGACAGUGGUAAAAUAUUCACUUGAUGCGCUAUCAGUCUAGAAUCGAUCCCCAUCGAUUGGCUCAUUAGGAUAUAUCCAGGGAGGGACGACAGUGGUAAAAUAUUCACUUGAUGCGCUAUCAGUCUAGAAUUGAUCCCCAUCGAUUGGCUCAUUAGGAUAUAUCCAGGGAGGGACGACAGUGGUAAAAUAUUCACUUGAUGCGCUAUCAGUCUAGAAUUGAUCCCCAUCGAUUGGCUCAUUAGGAUAUAUCCAGGGAGGGACGUAGACCAGUGGUAAAAUAUUCACUUGAUGCGCUAUCAGUCUAGAAUUGAUCCCCAUCGAUUGGCUCAUUAGGAUAUAUCCAGGGAGGGACGACAGUGGUAAAAUAUUCACUUGAUGCGCUAUCAGUCUAGAAUUGAUCCCCAUCGAUUGGCUCAUUAGGAUAUAUCCAGGGAGGGACGACAGUGGUAAAAUAUUCACUUGAUGCGCUAUCAGUCUAGAAUUGAUCCCCAUCGAUUGGCUCAUUAGGAUAUAUCCAGGGAGGGACGUAGACCAGUGGUAAAAUAUUCACUUGAUGCGCUAUCAGUCUAGAAUCGAUCCCCAUUGAUUGGCUCACUGGGAUAUUUCUCAUUCAAGCAGCUCAGUGCCAGGCCAUCAGAGUGAAUGUUUAAAAGACCUAAAUUAAUAUGGAGGCAGCUCUUGAUCAACUGCUUAAAGAGAAAAAUCUGAUGAGAAUAUUUAUAUUUCCAGUAAUGUUUACAACUGUUUUGUUUUUCAUCCAACUAAGUGAAUUUUAAAAGACAUAAAUUAAUAUGACGAAUGCUCUUGAUAAAUUUCUAAACAAGAAAAAUGUGAUAUAGCAAUAUGUGUUUAUAAUAUACUGAACCCCCCAAAAUAUGAAUAUAACUUUUAGCUGUAGCAUUUCAGUUUUUUUUUUUUUUCGAUGUAUAUAAAAAAAGAGAUGUAGAUAUUACCAGUCAGAGAAAUCACUGCACUUUUGUAUGAUAGAACAUUUUCAGCUUUUAAAAAAAAUACCAAAUCACAUGCCUGCGAACUAUUUCCUCAUCCCCUUUAAGAUCGAGUUAUCGAAGUUUGACUGUAUUGAGCUAGCUCAGGGUUAAAAUUAACUAUGCACUGAACAAUUGGCCCAUAUUUAUACAGAGAUGCCAACAUGUCGAAACGGUUUUCAGGAAUCUUAAAAGCCAUUUUCAGGAAUAUGAUAGUAUUUUCAGGAAUCUUUACAUUCUUUAUCACUACAUGUGAACUAAAUCCUGAGAUGACAACUGAACAUUUUUUUAAAGUAUAGUACCUUUAUUUACAGUGAAAUAAACAUGUUUCUGGCAUGA